AAGCUGGGCAGAAGACGCAAUGAUGUGAUCAUGACCCACGAGUCUUAUUGUAGUUUCGGGCUAACAUUCUUUACUACUUUAGUAUUUCACAAAAAACAAUGUUACCGUCGAUAACUUUGCACUAGUGCUUUAGCCUUUUGACAACGUCAGGUGUUGUGAUGCAAUGUCAACGUAAACAAAAGUAUUCUUCUGUAGCUGUCUAGAUCGUCGUCUGUAUUCAACAACUAUGUACCGACACGCAAUUUUGUGUGGGUUAAUCGUCAGGAAGAUAACGCCAUUUAGUCGACACUCUAUAUUAGAUACUUGUUUAAAAAUAUCUUCUGUGAGGAGUCUUGCCUCUUGUAUGUGUACUAAUCGCCGGUCUUUCUGCACACGGAAAUGGGGUUAUAAUUCCAAGGUGAUCCCUUACGGCUCUUUAGCGAAGCAAUUUAGUCAAUCCCAGCAUUAUAGGUGUUCUGGCACAUAUCGAGAUAGAAAUAAACACCUGGUCAGAAGCAAAACCACUACUGUACUCCCUAGUUGUAAAAAGAGCAGCCUACCACAGGCGUUGCCUAAAGAAGGAUCUCAGCGGAUAAGUGAAAAAGUACCUGUGCAUGUGCCCCAAAUAAGUGAAAAAUUAGUAAACAAAUGUCCCUUACAUGUUCAACCUUAUCUUAAGCUUAUGCGCAUAGAUAGACCAAUUGGAACAUGGUUACUGUACUGGCCUUGUGGUUGGAGCAUAGCCAUGGGUGCGUCAGCAGGCUGCCUUCCUAGUUUGGAGAUGCUGUCCCUCUUUGCCAUUGGAGCAUUUGUAAUGCGGGGUGCAGGAUGUACCAUAAAUGAUCUUUGGGAUCGUGACAUUGACAGUAAGGUAGCUCGCACUCAAGAUAGACCUCUGGUAAAUGGUUCUAUUAGUCCACUUGAUGCUGUCAUUUUUCUCAUGGGUCAAUUAGGCGUUGGCCUACUUGUCCUUCUUCAGUUGAAUGCGUACUGUGUUGUCCUGGGAGCAUCCUCUCUGGGUCUUGUGAUAUUGUAUCCAUUGAUGAAACGUGUAACAUACUGGCCCCAGUUUAUUCUUGGCCUUACUUUCAACUGGGGUGCACUACUAGGAUGGGCAGCAAUCCACGGCUCUGUGGAUUUAGCAGUGUGUUUACCACUUUAUUUAGCAGGGACUUGCUGGACAAUUUUCUAUGACACCAUUUAUGCCCACCAGGACAAAGUUGAUGAUGUGUUACUUGGAAUAAAAUCAACUGCCAUCAAGUUUGGUGACAAUACAAAAUUGUGGCUCUCUGGGUUUGGCACUUCUAUGAUUGGAGGACUAUUGCUGUCUGGUAUGAGUUGUGGUAUCGGAUGGCCCUACUAUGCAUCAGUUGCAGCAGUAGCUUCCCAUUUAGCUUCUCAGGUGUAUAAGCUAGACAUAAACAAUCCUAGUGACUGCGCCAACAAAUUUAUUUCAAAUCACCAAGUAGGUUUGAUUCUGUUCCUUGGGAUAGUACUGGGGAUGCUGAGUAAAGUGGAGAAAGAAAAUGAAGAAAAGGCCAAUAAGCAAGUGGUACAGGAGUGUUAAGUCAUAAUUGCAGAAACUGCAAGUGAUUGUUAUUGUUCCUAGGUACUAUCUAAAAUAUAAGUGUUGUCAUUCAAUUUAGGGAUAGCUUCUCUCUAAAAACUGUAAAAGCCAUCUGCUGUGAUCCUACUUCCCCCAGUAGCACCAAUGUGCAUCAAAUGUGCAACAGAGCACAUUCAAAGCAAGAUUAUGCAUUAAAAGCACAUAAAAGGUAACACAUUUUAGGCAUCUUUAAUGUGCAUUUACAAGCAUCAAUGUGCUUUACAUGCCCCUAAAAUGUGUUACCUUUCAUGUAAAUUUUAAUGCGCUUGGUUCAUUGGGCGCUGCUAGGGUCCUGCGUAUGUUGAAAAUCUUGUAUGGAAUCCAAUAAAAAUCACUCAGCUACCAAUGCAAAAACCAAUGCAAAAAAGAAAAUUAAGGUAAAAUAAAUGUUAGUUCCAAAGGAAAACAAGUUAUAAACUUGUUAUAAAUAAAGUCUUUCUUGCACCAAGA